GAAAUUUUUKAAGGAAAAAAAAUCAGAUCCUUAGAAAACACGGUGUUCAUCAAUGGCYGACGUCCCUUCUUUCUUCCCUGUGUUUUUCAUCCCUCAAGCUCAGCCAUCCCUCUAUGAGUCGGCCCAACUUUCCGUGAGUAAUUUAAUUGUUGGACCAAUUAUCGCGGAGUUUCUACCACCAAAAGAAUCAUCUCGAAAAUUGCCUAUUGGUGGUCGAAGAAAUUCUGUCUCUGCUCACUUCCAGGAAUGGAAUUCUUUUGCUACUUUAACACAUUGAAAAGUACCCAUUCUCCAUUUCAAUUGGUGGGUUCUUUUCUGCGAAAGAGGAGCUGCAGCUCGUCUCGCCGCAAAUGCUGCAACGUUGGUCGCUGCGAAGAUUCCCCAAUAUCUUCAUCUUCACCUCUUCGCUGAUUCCUCCUGUUUGAUUCCCAAUUCUAAUUAUGAUCUUCAUAAAACCGAGAGCCAUCUCGUUAACGUGAAGCAGAAGAAGGAUUAGACUUCAAUCAGGAUCGAAUCGACGCAAUCUUCAGCAUGAGCAAUCGCCUUGACGACAGAGAGAACCCCUACGUUCAGUUUUCCUCUGCUUCUGCAUCUCCAAAUGGGAAAAAUAAGAUGUGGGAAGUGUUGGGUCGGUGCGGGAAGAGGUUGGAAGAUUGUUCAAGGAAAGUAGAGGUUGCUGCAGACAGCGUCCGGCAUCACUUGAGACUUAGUCCUAGUGUCACUGAUGCGGCCAUGGCCAGGCUUCAUCAAGGGACGAAGUUACUUACAGAAGGUGGCUAUGAAAAAGUCUUCCAGCAGACGUUUGGUUUCAUUCAUGGAGACAAAUACGUGGAUUCCUUUGCUUGCUAUCUGUCCACUUCCUCUGGGCCUGUAAAUGGGACUCUAUACAUUUCCACAAAAAGAGUGGCCUUCUGUAGCGAAUUCCCUCUUUGUUACUAUCCAUCUCCGGGCCAGCAACAGUGGAUCCAUUACAAGGUGGUGGUAGCCGUUGAUCAGUUGGGGACAAUCAAUACUUCUUCAAACCAUCUGGACCCCUCACAAAAGUACAUCCAAGUAAUCACGAGGGACWGUCAUGAAUUCUGGUUCAUGGGAUUCAUAUCAUAUAACAAGGCUGUCAAGACUUUAACCGACGCGUUCCAGCAAUCUCGUGCCUAGUUUGGAUGCAACCAAAAUGCUCCACUUUGUUCUAUACUCUAUGCAGAUAUCUUUUUUAUUUUUGUGAGCAAGUGGGUACAAAGAUUUUGAACCUCCAACUUCGAAUCGACUGACUUUAUCGGUCAUGUCGAACCAUCAUUCACCGGUGGUAACUCAUGAACAUUUGCAAUGGUACAAAAAUGGUUAUAUUUCUGCAAUUAUUUUUAUAAAACAAGGUUGUUUGUAUCUUACACUUGUGAAAACUAAGGAACCGAUGCUUGACUUGAAUUAUUAUUGAUAACUUAGCGCAGGUUGUGCAGAAAUUCUAGGGAUGUCUUUAUUGA